AGACGAGGCAACACAACUUGUCAAUGUUUACUUCGAUGGAAAAAGAACAUUAAUGUCAUCUGUGUCAGUCCAAAUGUUGACAUUUCAGCAUGAAAAAAUUCCACUUCCAACCAGAGGAAACAUGAUGUGGGGUCAAGUGGUCAUCGGACGGUGCGGAACGUUCCCGGCGCCUGCUUUGAAGUCGACACCUGUAUCCAUGGACACCGAUCAAGUGCUUGGGUUCCUUUUGAGUCCAACGGUGGCGAGCACCCGUCCCGGCCCCAGCGAUGUGGAUCUGCAUGGUUUACAAUGAGACGGAAAGCAGCGUGGACUUCCGCCUAUGCCAAGACUUCGGCCUCAUCCUCUCCGUGCUGUCGCUGGUCUACCUCCUGGUGUGCUUCCCGGUGGCCGUGUGCUACAACGUGCUGCUGGUGGCCGUCAACCUGUCCAACAAGGUGUCCAUGACCAUGCCGGACGUCUACUUCGUCAACAUGGCCAUCGCCGGCCUGGUGCUCAACGUGGUGGCGCCCGUGGAGCUGCUGAGCUCCACCUUCACCCGCUGGCACGCGUGGGAGUACACCAACGAGGUGUACAUCACGCUGCUCAUCCUCUUCAACAUCUCCUCGCUGGUCAUCAUGUACUCCACCACCUUACUCAGCCUGGACUACUACAUCGAGCGCGCCCUGCCGCGCACGUACAUGUCCAGCGUGUACAACACCAAGCACGUUUGCGGCUUCAUCUGGGGCGGCGCCGUGCUCACCAGCUUCUCCUCGCUGCUCUUCUACGUGUGCAACCACAUCUCCACCAAGAUGGUGGAGUGCUCCAAGAUGCAGAACAAGGAGGCGGCCGACGCCAUCAUGAUGUUCAUAGGCUACGUGGUGCCGGCCGUGGCGGUGCUCUACGCCUUCGUGCUCAUCCUGCGCAUCCGGAAGGAGUCGACGCCUCUGGACCAGGACUCUGCCCGCUUGGACCCGUCCAUCCACAGGCUGCUGCUGGCCUCCGUGUGCGUGCAGUUCUUACUGUGGAGUCCCUACUACGUGACGCUGCUGGUGCACACGGUGGCCGGCGCCCCCGGCUACGUCAGCAGCUCGCAUUACUUCCCCACCUACUACUUCCUGAGGUGCAUGUCCAAGCUGAUGGCGUUCUCCAGCAGCUUCGCCAUGCCACUCAUGUACCGCCAGAUGAACAAGAACUUCUCCAACAAGCUACAGCGGCUCCUCAUGAGGCUCCGCUGCCGGGACCAGUCCUGCCCCCACGAACGCUCCACAGUGCAGCGAGUGGUCACGUGAAGCCCCUGCUUUUUUUUUUCUUCCGGCACUUAUCCUCCCAUCCGGCCCCCUACCGCCCUCCAGAGCCAGUAUCUUGCUUCCGCCGCGCCCUCGCCGCUCUGGACUGCGUUAAAGCGCGACAUAGCAAACUGUGGAAUUUCCUGUCACCUUCCGGAGCGAGAUCCGACAGAGAUCAGUUCUGCAGAGCGAGAAGGAAAACCACUAAGUGCUGACAUUCUUUGUGUGCUCCACUCACUUGGCUUCUUGUUGUGUGUGGUGACUUAGCACCUACGCUAGCUCUUAGCUCUUGACCAUUGCAGUGGCCUGAAUCCUGGCAAUGUGACGAACGCAAUGACUGAAUGUUGCCGUACAUUCAUUAAGCUACUCUAUGUUAAGAUCUCCUUUUGAACUCUACAGCUUCCCAAAUGUUUAGCGAGUGAACGCAUCGGAAUAUAAGACGCCGGUGUAGCCGCUGCACCAUCAACACAAUGUUGAAAUGAAGUCAAACGUUAGCCAGCAUGUUCACGAAGCACUUUGUGUACCAGAUAAGCUUCUCGGCCUUUAAGUACGUCACACUUGAAGGCAUCUUCUUGAAAGCUCCACUUGCAGAACCUUUACUAGGGGUGUAACGAUACGUGUAUUUGUAUUGAACCGUUUCGGUACGGGGGUUCUGGUUCGGUUCGGAGGUGCACCGAACGAGUUUCCACACGGACAUAUUAAGUAGCGUACCGCACGUUGUGUAAACAAUGCACACCGAGGCACAACACAUGGCAUCCUAGCAGCUAACGGGUUACGCUAGACUGACCAUACGUCCUCUUUUGCGGAGCUGUCAGGGCGGAGUUUCUUAAAGGGGAACAUUAUCACAAUUUCAGAAUUGUUAAAACCAUUAAAAAUCACUUCCCAGUGGCUUAUUAUAUUUUUCGAAGUUUUUUUCAAAAUUUUACCCAUCACGCAAUAUCCCUAAAAAAAAGCUUCAAAGUGCCUGAUUUUAACCAUCGUUAUAUACACCCGUCCAUUUUCCUGUGACGUCACACAGUGAAGCCAACACAAACAAACAUGGCGGAAAGAACAGCAAGAUAUAGCGACAUUAGCCCGGAUUCAGACUCGGAUUAAGCGAUUCAACAGAUUACGCAUGUAUUGAAACGGAUGGUUGUAGUGUGGAGGCAGGUAGCGAAAACGAAAUUGAAGAAGAAACUGAAGCUAUUGAGCCAUAUCGGUUUGAACCGUAUGCAAGCGAAACCGACGAAAAUGACACGACAGCCAGCGACACGGGAGAAAGCGAGGACGAAUUUGGCGAUCGCCUUCUAACCAACGAUUGGUAUGUGUUUGUUUGGCAUUAAAGUAAACUAACAACUAUGAACUAGGUUUACAGCAUAUGAAAUACAUUUGGCAACAACAUGCACUUUGAGAGUGCAGACAGCCCAAUUUUCAUCAAUUAAUAUAUUCUGUAGACAUACCCUCAUCCGCGCUCUUUUCCUGAAAGCUGAUCUGUCCAGUUUUGGAGUUGAUGUCAGCAGGCCAGGGAAGCUAGGGUCGAUAUUCUUCUCUUGAUCAUCUUCGGUGGCAUAAGGGACGG